GACUACAACAAGAAUAGUCAAUGUCGAAUUGUCGACAAGUAAAAUUCGGUUUUCUUCGCUUUUAAAGUGUGCGCGCUGUAUGUCGUUGUUAAAAUUAGAAAAAAAAAUUAAGAAAAUUUAUUAAUUGUGCUCCUUGUUAAAGCUAAAAAAAUACGGUUUUAAAUGUUAAACAAAUAACGUGGUUCAAAAGAGAAAUAAGCUAAGAAAUUAAAAAUACGGCAAACUUCCACAGAAAAUUUCCAUAAAAAAUGUUUUACAUUUAGGAAAAAAGUGCCAUUCACCUGUAAAAGAAAAGUAGAAGAAACAAAUAAAAUUGUUCAGUGAGUGUGUGUUUUAUAUUAACAAAAAAAAAUUGUGUGUUUUUUCUUCAACCAGACAGACAUUAAUACAAGUGUGGUGACAACAACCAACAGCCACCAACCAGUGAAAAGCCAACCAGCCAGGCAGGCAUACAAGUAAAAAUAAUUAUUAAAAAAGAAGAAUAAAAAAGCAGAAGACAACAAGAAGUAUAAUAAAAAAAUAGCAACAGAAAAAGUGCAAAAAUAAUAUAAAUUGUAAAACAAAGUGGAAAAAAUAAUAUUACAAUAACAAAACAUAAAUGAAAAUUAAAACGCCGCUAAAAUAAACAACUAAAAUAAAAAUAGCUUUUGUUUUGACAUGAAAAUGGAAUAUGAAACUUUAAAACAUUUACUAAAUUGAUUGAUUUUAUUCUCCAUAAAGUGUGUGAGAAAAGGGGUAUAAAAUUUGUUUGUCAAAAAAUACACACCCUUUUUCUCUUCCUUCGCUGGUGUGAACGAGUGUGAGUGUGUGUGCUUUAAAAAUUUUAUGCAAAGUGUCAAUAACACCAAAAAAAUAAAAAUAACAACAACAAAAGCAAUCUACUAAUUCUUAUUGUUUGUUGUUGCCAAUUCUUUACGAGAACAACACAAAAAUAUAUUAAAGACCAACAUUUGCAGGUUGGCGUUUUUUGUUUUUUUUUUAGUGGUGGCUUUUAGUUUGCAAUUAAAUAUAAUUAAAAAAAAAAACAUAAAAAAGAAAAAUAAACAAAAAAGAAAUAUAAUAAAACAAGAAAAACGUUGUAAAACAUUGUGUGUUGGGUGUUUUAACUGCCCACUGAUUAAAGUUUUUUUCAGUGCUUUUUUUGUUUUCUCUUUGUAACUUGUCAUUCAUUAAGUAAUAAAACAACAACAAUAAUAAUAAACAUAAUCAAGAAAAACAAAAAUAGAAAAAACAACGUCAAACCAUAAACAACUCUUUGCAAUUGUUUUCUGUCAUUGUUUUUUUAGUCUUUUGUUUAAGAAAUAAUACACGAAUGAAAUAAAUAUUAUAUUAAAUAAAAUCUUGCUAAAUUUGAAAAACUAAAAAUAACGUGAGUGUGUGUGUGGGAAAAAUUGUGUGGAAUAAAUAUAUAUAAAAAACGAAAAGUAUCUUGUUAAACAUUUACCGGCUUUUUAAGUGUGACUUUUUUUGUAUUGACUGUUUGCUGCUCACUCACUCACUGAUUGGCUGCCUAUUCCCUAGAAGUGGCUGAAUGAAACUAGUUUUAAUGGAAAAAAAGUGAAAAAUAAAUAUUUGCCAAGUAUUUUUACAAUGUGUGACUAAAAUAAAUACGUAUAUUAUUUUAUAAAAUAAAAAAGCAUAAAAUUCAAAAUUAAUUUGUAUAAAGAAGGAAAAAAAACGAAUGACAUAACAUACAUACAUACUGCUGAAAACUUUGAAUAUAUUAACUAGUUAAUUAACAACAUAAAAUAGGAUUAACAAAAAGCAGGGUAGUCUGUUAAAUACCAUCCUAAGGACAUCAUCACCAAAAAGUUGGCAGGAGCAAAUAGCACACAGUUUUAAAACAUUGUUGAUAAAAAAGAUUUGGCCAAUUCUUCUAAAUUAAAAUUUUAAUAUAAAGUUCUAACAUCCUCUGUACACAGCAACAGCAAUUAUUCAAACAAUACUCUUCUACCCACUCGUACUUCCCUUAUAUGUUGCUAUAAAAGUUGUUCAAAAAAGUUGUUAACAAAAAACAAACUGCCAAAAUAAUAACAGCAGAAGCUCAAAAAAAAGUUACGCUUUUUCUUUUACAAAAAAAAAAUUUGCUGCUUUUUGCUUUUGUACAAAGAAGAAAUAAAAAGGAAUUUGCAAAAAUAAAGGACAACAACAUAUUUAAGUACACAAACAGCAGCUGUAAAUGACAACAAACAAUAAAGUUUUGCAUAAAUAACAACAAUUUUAUAAAAUAUAAAGAAAGGAACACAAAAAUAUAAAUUGUGAUUUGUGAGACAAAGAAAAAACUUUAAAACUUUUAAAGAAUUUUAAGAAAAACUGGAAAAAUUUAAAGAAAAUGCACAAAAGCCAUAGAAACGAUAAUAAGAAAGACAUAUCUGUUAGCAAACAAGUAUUUGACACUAUAUUACAGCAAAAAUAUUAGUUAUAAUUUAAACUUAACGUAACAAAGGAAGCUACAGCAGCAAACUAAACGGAAACGGAUGUUAAAAACACAAAGCAGCAAAUAACAAUUGUUUUUCUUCUAUAAAGGUGUAAGAAGCGUAAAAAAAAGCAAACUGUUUUACUAACAUUUACAAGGAAAUUAAAAACAAUGCCACCACAAGAAAAUCAAUCAUUUAUUUAAAAAGAAAUAUUAUUUAAAUUAAGAAAAACAAAACGCACAAAGGGAAACGGAAAUCAGUAAACACAAAGAGAAAAUACUUGUCAAGUAACAAACAGCAACAAAUUCUUUUAAAAAACACAACUCAUGCAUUUAAACUAUAAAUUAAUGUUUUUAACAAGAAAACAACAAAAGUGGAAAACUUAAAAUAAAAGAAAAAUUAAAAAACUAAAAACCUAAAUCAAAAAGAAAAAUACAUAAUAAAAACAAACUAAACAUAGAGUAGUUAUAGUGAAAGUAAGAAGAAAACCACAGAGAAGCAGUAAAAUAUUUAUUUGGAAAUUGUACUUAUCAAGAAAAACAUUAUCAACCAAAAAAAAAGGAAUUACUAAAAACAAAAGAAAUACAAACAUCUGUUCAAAAUUGCACAACUGUAUAAAUACAUUGUGCCACAGCUCAAACCACUGGUUCAAGGCAACAACAACAGCUCAUUUUUAAGAUUCUACUGCUGAGCUAUACAAGUACUUGAGUUUGUUCCUUAACAUCCCUUUUAUCAGCAUCAUCAUUAUAUAAAAAAAAAACGAAGAAAAAUUGAACAAUUAUUUUUACUUCUUUACAUCAUCACGACAAAAUUACUUUAUUUUUUUUAUUUUUUUAACAACAACAACCAUUGAAGUGUGUGUGUUUUUUUUAACAAAGUUUGAGAGCGACCUAGGAUUUAAUAAAAAACCGCCAACCUGGAACUAAUGGAAUUAGAGAAUAUUGUGGCCAAUACGGUCUACUUAAAAGCUAGAGAAGGUGGUUCCGAUAGCAAUAAAGGAAAGAGUAAAAAAUGGCGAAAAAUUCUUCAGUUUCCCCACAUAUCACAGUGUAUACACCUGAAAGACAAAUUAGAUAUAAGCUACGGCUAUGUCAUAGACCAACAGCCAAUUGGACGCGAACUGUUUCGGCAGUUUUGUGAAAGUAAAAGACCCCUAUACUUUCGUUAUAUAUCAUUUUUAGAUCAAGUCCAAAAUAUGAACAAAUUUCCUCUCAAUCCAUUUUUUAGAUAUGAAGUAGAAUAUGAUGAACAUCGUCUGACAAUAGCACAAGAUAUUGGCAGUAGAUUUUUAGAUAUUGAUGCACCCUCAUCAUUGGACACAUUAAAUAAUGGCAAUACGGUAGAAGGUGCUGACAACGAUGAUGGCAUUGAGAAUGAUGCCGAUGAUGCCAUUAAUGAUGAGAGUAUUGAAAAACAGCGUGAGAAUCAAACAACCACCUCAAUUGAAAUGGAAAAUAUCAAUACAACGCCAACAGCAGCAACAAAUCCUGUAGAGACUGAAAUAUAUAACAAUACCACCGCCAAUAAUACCAGUAGUAGUUGUAGCAACAAUCAUAAACAUUUUCAACAUCACAAUGGUGAUGAACAUGGUGGAUCUUCCGGUGUCACUUACGAUGGUGAUGGUGGAGGUGGCGGUGGUGGGAGUAAUAAUGAUGAAGGCGGUGGUGUUAGUAGUGAGACAACAAUGAUUGCCAAGUUAAAUGGCAAUUCGACUAAACCACCUUUAUCAGCCUCCGAUGAAUUUGUUUUAGACAUUUUAAAUGAUGAUCUCAUUUCACGGGUACGCAGUAAAAUUAACAGUGGCAGUAAAGAACUGUUUGAACCAUGUGUCAAGGCCGUUAAAGCAUUUCUAGCUGGUGAACCAUUCCAAGAAUUUGAAACUUCAAUGUAUUUUCAUCGUUACCUACAAUGGAAAUGGCUGGAGGCACAACCCAUAACAUAUAAAACAUUUCGUAUGUAUCGUGUUUUGGGUAAAGGUGGUUUUGGCGAAGUAUGUGCAUGUCAGGUACGUGCCACUGGAAAAAUGUAUGCUUGUAAAAAAUUGGAAAAGAAACGUAUUAAAAAACGUAAAGGCGAAUCGAUGGUCUUAACGGAGAAACAAAUUUUACAGAAAAUAAAUUCCCGUUUUGUGGUUAAUCUGGCAUAUGCGUAUGAGACAAAGGAUGCUUUAUGUUUGGUACUAACCAUUAUGAAUGGUGGCGAUCUAAAGUUUCACAUUUACAAUAUGGGCGGUGAUCCUGGUUUUGAAAUGGUACGAGCACGAUUUUAUGCCGCCGAAGUUGUUUGCGGUCUAGAGCAUUUACAUCAACAGGGUAUAGUUUAUAGAGAUUGUAAACCUGAAAAUAUAUUACUCGAUGAUCAUGGUCAUGUAAGAAUUUCCGAUUUGGGUUUAGCUGUUGAAAUUGAUGGUGAAAUGGUGAGAGGACGUGUAGGAACAGUGGGUUAUAUGGCACCCGAAGUUAUAGACAAUGAAAAAUACUCAUUUUCUCCGGAUUGGUUUAGUUUUGGUUGUCUGCUGUAUGAAAUGAUUGAGGGUCAGGCACCAUUUAGAGCGCGCAAAGAAAAAGUCAAAAGAGAAGAAGUCGAUAGACGAGUUAAAGAGGAUCCUGAAAAAUAUUCUAGUAAAUUUAAUGAUGAAGCCAGAUCCUUAUGCCAACAGUUGCUAGCUAAAUCGAUAAAACUACGUUUAGGCUGUCGUAAUGGUCGUUUUGGUGCUAGGGAAGUUAAAUUGCAUCCCUUUUUUAAUUGUAUCAAUUGGAAACGUUUAGAGGCUGGUAUGGUUGAACCACCAUUUGUACCAGAUCCACAUGCUGUUUAUGCCAAAGAUGUCUUGGAUAUCGAACAAUUUUCAACAGUAAAAGGUGUGAAUAUUGAUGAAUCCGAUUCGAAUUUUUAUACGAAAUUCAAUACGGGAUCUGUGUCAAUAUCAUGGCAAAAUGAAAUGAUGGAAACCGAAUGUUUUAGAGAAUUAAAUGUUUUUGGUCCCGAUGAUAAUCCAACGCCAGAUUUACUUAUCAAUGCCGCACCGCAACCCGAUACAUCUGGUUGUUUUCCCUUUAGGAGAAAGAAAAAACAACCAGCUAGAACACAACCCAUACCCAUUCCUGAACAUUUAUUAACUACUAGUCACAGUGUUAGUUCAACAACCGUUGAAAGCUGAUAGAAUACAACACUUGCUGCUAAACAAAGCAUAACAAAAACUAAUUGUCAAAACAACUCUUCAACAACUAAAGUUACUUUAAAAAGCACAAAUGAUUGAAAAAAAAAUCAAGAACAUCCGUAGAAAAAACAAAACAUCAUCAUGAUCAUACUCAUCAUUUUAAUAAAUCCAUAAGAAACAUAAUUGCAAUUUUUAAUUCGAUUGAAAAACGCAAACAAAUACAUAUAACACAU